GAAAACGAGGGGUUGCUUUUCUUCAUUUUUGGAAGCCCUGCCUACCACACAGCUGCUCUGGACAUCCGGUUCCUCGAUGGACGAAGACAGCCAACCGAUCCAGCCCCAAGACCAGAGCUGCUGGGCCAGUCUGCCCGAUGUGUGCCUGCGUCGUGUUUUCUGGUGGCUGGGAGACAGGGACCGGUCCAGAGCCGCCCUGGUCUGCAGAAAGUGGAACCAGAUGAUGUUCUCGGCUGACCUCUGGCGAUACAGGACCAUCACGUUCAGUGGGAGGCCCUCCAGGGUACACGCGUCCGAGUUCGAGUCAGCGCUUUGGUACGUCAAGAAGUUUGGUCGUUAUCUGGAGCACCUGGAGAUCAAAUUUCUGAACCCUUACAAUGCCGUUCUGACCAAGAAGUUCCAGGUCACCAUGCGAGGCCUCCUGUCGUGUCUGGGCAAGAGCAACAACCGUCUGAAAUCUCUGUCCGUCCAGCACCUGGAGCUGGACCGCCUGGUCUGGAGGAACAGCAUCCGGAGCUCCUUCAUCAAAAGCUUGAGCUUCUUCUUAAAGAAAGUGGGCAAGCACCUGGACCACCUCAACCUGAAGGGGGCCCGGCUGACCGUGGAGCAGGGCUGCGUGGUGCUCAACUCCCUGAGCUACUUGCGAAGCGAGAGCAUGGUGUCGCAGCUCAACAUCGAGGACUACUUCAGCCACCACCUGGCCGUGUACAGCAGUGCCCAGUUCAACAGGACCAUGGCCACGUUCCACAGCCUGGCGUCCCUGACGCUCAACUACAACUGCAUCUCGGACGAGCUGCUCGAGAACCUGUGUGAGAACAACGCUGGGACCCUCUGGACCAUGAACAUCAAAUGCCACAUCCACGACCCCCACGGGCAGGUCAUCUGGGGCAUGUCCUGGGCCAAGCUGGCCAGGCACGCCACCAACCUGAAGGUGAACUUCUUCUUUGAGCGGGUCAUGAAGUAUGAGCGCCUGGUCCGGAUCCUCUUGCAGGAGAUCCCGGUCCGGAGCCUCAGCCUGAGGAGCUGCUACUUCAGUGACCCCGACUGGUCGAUGAGGCCCACGCUCACGGAUCUCCUGCCCACCUUCCGGCACACUCUGCAGAAACUGACGUUCGAGUUCAACAACAACCACGAGUCCCUGGACGAGGAGCUGCACCUUCUGGUCUUGUCCUGCAGAAAGCUGUUCUACUUCAAGAUCUGGGCUUUCCUGGACGUCAAGUUUGUGGAGCGGAUCCUGAAGAGUCAGGAGGAAGGGCAGUGUUCCCUGCGCACUCUCAAGGUGAGAAUUUACACAAACAGAUACGAGACCAACGACGAGGACAGGACGCUGCGCGAGAUCCACAGGAAGUACAGAAAGCUCAUCGACGCGGAGCUCAACUACUUCGUCAUCGCGUACCCCAUGAUGUAGCGAGCGCUCUGCGAGGGAGUCCCCGGCGCCCCACCCUCCCCCUUCCUCCUGGCUCCGUUUUGCCAGUUCCACCCCAGCUGACGCCCCCGAGGCUGGGACCGCUGGUGGUGGGACCUUAAAGUGCUAUCUUUACCAACAACCCAGGGCUGGUCUCUC